CAAUCCACCCUCCCAGUAUACCCCUCUUCCGUCUCUCUUCUCAUCUCUUCCACUCCCAUAACCAACCCUUCAAGAUGCCUCGCCAAUUCUUCGUCGGUGGUAACUUUAAGAUGAACGGUACUGCCGAGAGCAUUACCUCCAUCAUCAAGAACCUCAACGACGCCAAGCUCGACGAGUCCGCCGAGGUGGUCAUCUCCCCUCCCUCUCUCUACCUGCUCACUGCCCGCGAGGCCGCCUCCAACAAGAUCGGCGUUGCCUCCCAGAACGUCUUCGACAAGCCCAACGGUGCUUUCACCGGUGAGAUCAGUGUCGAGCAGCUCAAGGAUGCCAAGAUCAACUGGACCAUCAUCGGCCACAGCGAGCGCCGUGUCAUCCUGAAGGAGAGCGACGAGUUCAUUGCCCGCAAGGUCAAGGCCGCCAUUGACGGUGGCAUCAGCGUCAUCUUCUGCAUCGGUGAGACUCUUGAGGAGCGUGAGGCCAACAAGACCAUCGAUGUUGUCACCAGACAGCUCAACGCCGUCGCCAAGGAGCUCUCCAAGGAGCAGUGGUCCAAGGUUGUCAUUGCCUACGAGCCCGUCUGGGCCAUCGGUACCGGCAAGGUCGCCACCACCGAGCAGGCCCAGGAGGUCCACGCUGCCAUCCGCAAGUGGCUCUCCGAGGCCAUCUCCGCCGACGCUGCCGAGAGCACCAGAAUCAUCUACGGUGGCUCCGUCAGCGAGAAGAACUGCCGCGAGCUGGCCAAGGAGGCCGAUGUCGAUGGUUUCCUCGUUGGCGGUGCCAGCUUGAAGCCUGCCUUCGUCGACAUUAUCAACGCUCGUCUGUAAGCACUUGCGACUCUCGUCUGAUAACGUGAUAUGAUACCCGAUCAAUGUGCCAGCAACGUCAAUCCCCUAAUCCGACAUGCUGGCCCUGCUGGUAGGGGCUAAUGUGAAAAAAGCAUCUCCUCCAUGCAAGGCGGGGCACCACCUCCCCUCCCGCCUUUACUAUACGAAAGUACAUAUACCGAUGAGGACUAUGUCCAUCCGAAAUACCACAAACAAUUAUAUUUUCUAGUCAUCAAUGACCCAGUCC